AUGCUCGGGGCCCGCCCCGUGGCGGCAGAUCCGGUGCUGCACGAUCCCGACACCGACGUCAGCUCGCACCAAGACCCUGAUACCACACACGACCACGACCAUGACACAACCAUGCGCCGGAACACGAGCGCCAGUAGCCAAGGGAGCAACGAAGUGCGAACGCCCGAACCGAGCGACAUGCGAACCAUUGUCGUCAACCUGUCUGGUACCGAUUUUGGGUUCAAACUCUAUCAGCAUGGACCGUUUGUCUUCUUCAAAAACGUUACGCAGGCCCGCCAGGCUGAAGGCCUGCAUGAACACGACUUUCUCGCUGGCAUCGAUGGUCAUACCACCGUCGGCCUCGGCCUCAACGAAAUUUACUACGCCCUCAUGCACGCAAAAGAGGCCCGACUUACCAUUUCUGCCACCCCUGCCGAAGAACCCGAGGCCCAGGCCCCGCUCUCGCCCAAUCGUGGUGUUCCCGUACUUCUCAAAGACACCAGCCCACCAACGUCGGCCCGCGACACUCUCGCUCGCCGCUCAGGCCGCCAGGCCCGCCAAGCAGCGCAGACCCACACCACCUCUCUUGAAGAGUUUGAUCUGCACACCAGUGUGCUCAUGCCUACUGAGCCGCGUCGAAAAUCCUUCUUUGCUCGUCUCAGCGCCCGGCGCAAGUCAUCUUAUCGGCUCAAUAAAGACCAACAGAAAUCAAAAAAGCGCACUGGCUCCCGAUGGCUGCGUCGCGGCAAUGAUCGUCGGGGGCGUGAUGACCAGGUGGAGCCUUCCACUGGCCAUGGUCCAGCAGGCAUUCACAAGGGCAGUGGUGUCGAGCUGAUGCAGUAUCGCGCUCUACCCUCACCCACACACGUUGCAGGUGCUGGCCAGUCCCCAUCCUGGCCCGCCGCGGACACCACUGCCCCACCCGGUGCCGUUCGACGUAUUAGCUCCUUUGCCGAGGAGACGGUCUUUGGAGAGGAUCGCCAGAGUUCCAUCUGCCGCCGUCGCAUCACCAGUCCCGACUUGAAGGAGCGGCACUCGGACGCAGCCCCGCCCAACCUCGCUGCCAGUGCCAGUAGCGCUCUGGAUGAAGACGAAAUGGAUGUGGGCGGUGCUGCUGAUACGGUACCCCCCAUGCCAACGGCGGCCUCAGCCCCGUCCAUUCACGUCGCCGACGUCACGAACGCUGAUGCAUGCCCACGACCGCGGACAACCAGUCAAACCAGUUCCUCCUACACACCGCGAUCCGGUACAGAUCGAGGCAGUCACCUCAACAUCCUAGCUGCCCAGGGUCCAGCCUUGCCAGGUGGUGGUGGGGAACGUGUACGCAGUGCUCCAGCUGCGCCACACGCUUCCAUCUCACCCUGGCCUCCCCUCGAGGAUGAGCUGGAUACCUCGGAUCCUGUUGAUGACAUUGCCUUGGGCGAUCGCAUUUACUGGUAUCAGCGUUGCUUGGCUGCAGAGUCACAGCUGCGGGACGCCCUCAACACGCUCGAGACAUGGGAGAGCGCCCUGCCUACGCCUCGCGCUCGUUCCUUGGUGGAUCUGCCCAUCCAAAUGGCCGACGAGGGUAGUCCUGCACCGCCGCCUGGCUACAGUCCCCCCAGCAAUGGGGUGCCAAGUGCCCCGGCUUCGUCCUACCGAACCACCCACAUCCCUGACUAUACAAGUGUGAUGAUUUCUGCGUCGGAAGCACUGCGCGACCAGCUUCUCAAGCAGCGCCUGCAGCUGCGCGAUGCUGAGCAGCAGGCCCUGGCCGAGUUGCGUCGCGCGGACGAACUCGCGUCGGAUCUUCACCGUGCACACGUCGAAAACAACCGGUUGCGGCGCCAAUUGGCCACCUUGCGGCAAGCCAGUGCCCCUUCACUUCUGGUGCAACGCACCAGCAGCGGAGAGAUCGAAACCCGAGCCGCCGGAAGCGCGCUCACACCAAACGGGCGUCGGCGCUCCCGCAACAAUGUGAGCUUUGCGACCAACCUCCACGAAGCGGCUCCAACCAAAGGCGUCGAGCUCCAUCUUGGAGCACAAGACAGCGAUGCCAGUCAACCUGGGUCACCGCUCAGGCACCCGAUGGCCAAGGAUAGUGGACACGGGGAAGAAUGCGCCGAGACCGACGGCGCUAACAGCACAGGCAGUUCGGCUCCUGCGACUUUGGAGGUGGAUCGUGCCAUGUUGCGCUCAUCCGUUCGUGCUUUGGGGCGCAUGGGUAGCGUCUCCAAUACCGGUUCAGCUGCUCGGAUCGACAGCGAGGGCCAAAAAGCCGUUCCUUUGCCCUCGCGUGUCGCCAGCAUGACCAACUUUUACUCACAACUCCACUCCCCACCAUUGUCCCCGGUCAAUGGUGCGCUGCCCGUGGGAGCGCAGUCUCUCGCACCCACUCCCAAGCACGGCAGCUCUCAAUCGACACAGCCACACGAGACACAGACCGCCGCGCCAACUGUCGUCUUGGGACGCGUGCCGGCCUCGGAAUCUGACGAUCAAGCCAGUGACGAGCUGGUGCGCACCCCAGAUGGUAUUCGGGACAGCCCUGAUGCGGUGGCACGAACCGUGGGGUUGCAAUCAAAUCUCACGCGCACCCGGCCGCCGUCCCAUCGGCGAUUUGAGCUGGAGACGGUCAUUUAG